AAUAGAUACGUAACAAUUUUUUAUGACGAGUCAGUCAUCCUUUGCGAUGUGCCUGCAGACCGUCUUAAGCCAGGAAUGUUUUCGUGAGCAGAUACUUCCGCGAGUUGGAACAGAGCAAGAGGAAAUGUUUCAAAUGACGAGAGACGACUGGAAUCAACGAAGACUUCCUCGCCAUUGUGACUCAAUUUCCCAACUACGAUGUCAAGAAAUUGGAAAUUCAGCAGGGAAAUGCAGUCCGGCAUGUAUGGACGAGACAUCUGUCGGCAGCGUUGGCAGAUAGCUAUUGUGUACGUCGUAUUUCUGUCGGUAAUUCAGGCGCAUAGUGACUGCUUCGUGCGUACAAAUUUGGGUCCUGUCAAAGGAUCUAUGAAAAAUUCGUGGAAUGGAAAGCCCUUUUGCUCCUACAGGGGAAUUCCGUACGCUGAGCCACCCAUCGGUGACCUCAGAUUUAAGGCUCCUCGGGGUCCUCGCCCCUGGUCAAAGACGCUCGACGCUCUAACAGACAGUCCCUUAUGCAUUCAGAAUGAUCUGGUUGUUCCUGUAGGCAGCGAGGACUGUCUGUACUUGAACGUGUACACCCCUGAACAGUCAUCUGACAGCAAAUCGAAACAUCCGGUGAUUGUGUACAUCCACGGAGGGAAAUUCAGUGUUGGCUCUGGUGUGAGCUUCAUAAGUGGACCGUGGUACCUAAUGGACAGAGCGAUUGUACUGGUCACAAUUAAUUAUCGCCUUGGAGUCAUGGGAUUUCUGAGUACUGGAGACGAUGAGGCACCAGGUAAUUACGGAAUGAAAGAUCAGGUGGCGGCAUUGCGGUGGGUUCAACAGAACAUCCAAGAAUUUGGCGGUGACUCAGAGAGAGUGACGGUUCAAGGCCAAAGCGCUGGAAGCAAGUCCAUACAUUUCCAUAUGUUCUCAGCGUUAAGUAGAGGUUUGUUUCAUGGAGCUAUAGACUGA